CGAAACACCAUUGCUCGCUUAUGAUCCUGUUGCCUUGAGCUUUGACUUCGUUGACCACCCCGAAGGUUGCUUGAUCCAACAUCUCAACAAUCAACCUUGACAUCCAUUAGAACUUACUUCAUAUUGCCUGUCGCACAAAAUCAUGGCACCUCAACUUGAAAUAUAUGUUGAUGGCAAGGGUUCUGUCUUCCGAACGGCUGAACGUGGCGUCGUUCACCUCAGCAUUUCGUCAACCAGUAUAGAUCAGUCUCAAGCCUUUGUCAACGUCAAAGGCACUGUUGAAACGCUCACCCAAAAGUUUCGCAGUUUUGCUACAAAGACUGAAGAUGGACGUCCUCAUCCACUGGCUGGCAUCACUACGUUCACAGUCUCCCCAUUGAACACAUCGUCGUACUUCCAACGAGACAGUAGCUACCGCGAGAUCAAAUCCAAACCGAAGGAGUUCGUCGUAAGGUCGACUGCUGAAGUCGUCUUUCGCAACCUUGAACUUCUCAGUGAAAUUUCACACGAGCUUGCCAAUAUGCCUUAUGUGUCCAUCGUUAGCUCGGAAUGGCGACUCACCGGGCCUACUCGCAUGGAGAUCGAGCGCGAGGCCCGUGUGAAGGCUAUCGAGGAUGCGGUGCAAAAGGCCAAGGACUAUGCUGGGGUUGUUGGAAGGCAAGUCGUCGCCGUUGAGAUCAAAGAUGGUCCAUCCUCCGACUCUACUUAUCGUCCAUCCUUUUUUGGGGGUCCGCCGGCUGGCCAAAUGCAGCAACAGCAAAUGCCACAACUACAACACCAGAUGGCCCAACAGGCUGCCAAAAUGGCUAGUCAUACUAUGGAUGGGCCGGCGCUGGAACCAAGGACAAUCACUGUGUCUGCCCAGGUUACUGCAAAGUUUGUUUCUGUAGAUACUGAUUAAAAUAGCGUAUAAACCAAGCACAUAUCUCAAAGCUCUAUCAAUUAUGUCUACGCUGUUGUGGCACAAUCGAAGUGAUGCGUAUAUUAACUUUACUUUAUUCUGAAUGAUAAAUGG